CACCAUGGUAACCUGUGAAGUGUGUUCUGAGCAGCCUCCCAAGUACAGGUGUCCCAGGUGUGAGGUCAGGUACUGCUCUCUCACCUGCUUCAACCUGCACAAGGAAAACACAUGUGGAGAGAGGGAGAAACUUGUACAGGAGAGAAAUAGAAUACAGCAGUCUGAGGCAGCUGCUGCAGAAGAUGCUGGUGCUGUUGCCAUGGAGAUGUGGGAUGAUGGGAUGGAUGAGGGGGAUGAGGAGGACAGGGUACCACUGGACAGACUACAGAAACUACAGGACUCAGAGGAGCUGAGGAGCCUGCUGUGUAACCCCCACCUGCAGCGGAUGAUCAGAGAAGUGGACUCUUCCGAUGACCCUGAGGUCAGCAUGCAGAGGGCCAUGCAGGAGCCCAUAUUUGUGGAGUUCGCGGACCAGUGUCUGAGGGUCGUGGAACCCCAGGUCAAUGGCACAGAGCAGGGUUAGAGGUCACAGGGGCAAAGGUCGGAGGUAGCUAACUGAUCCUUCAGGAAAGGAUGCCAGACUUCGCUCCCUUACCCAUACCACUUUGGGACCCUUCCAGUUCAAAGGACAAAAUAUAGUGGCACUGAGAAUGUAUGGCAACACUGGCUGUACAUGAAGCAAAGCGGAAAUGCCAGGUUUCAGUCGCUUAUACAUGCUGUCUUGCAGAACAUUUAAACAGUAGCUCUAAGUAUGUAUGGUAACACUGCAUUGUAUUCAUUUGAAAUCACAGAAAUACAGACAGGCAGACAAGCCAGAAACUAGUCAGCCCUGUAAGAGGCAUGAUGUUUAUUUAUUGGUUCAUGUUUGUUUCUAUACAAGACCUGUUCAGAGCAGGGUUACAUGAGUGCACUUUUUCUUUUCAACCCAUGAAGCACAGGCAGUGCCAGUGAUAUAUGUUGCUUGGAACACUUCAGCAAGUUCAGGCUGUUUCAACUGGAACUAAUGGAAGAUAGAACCUGGUCCCCUGUUCUAAACAAAUUCUAGUAUCAACAAAGGUCUGUAGGUUUCUUUACACUGUAGUGAUAACACUGUAUGGUUCAAAAGACAGAACACAACAAUAUUGAUUUUGUAGAGAAUAAUACUAGUACUCAAUAACUACAGCCAAAAAGCCUAAACCAAGAAUCUCUGGACAUAACAAGGCUAUGAGGGGAGUAUAAUCUUCAUAAUCAUCAUUCUCUACGGUAACCAUUAAUACUGAAUGGUUAGAUAGGUAAUACUGUACAGUAAUACACAACACAUAUACAGAGUUAUACAGUAGAGUUAUAUAGAACUAUAUAGUUAACUUACAUAUACAGGUAAUGUUAAGUGGCAUAUCCUAUAUACACGUACAUAUUACAACAUCAUUGCAUCAUAGUUGCAUUACAGUCACAAUCCACACUGGACUAUAACAAGUUAGCUGCUAGGUUGUCCUUAUUAUGUUUUCAUGAGUAGCCAUCACUUUAAGUCACUGGUGAGUUCAGCAGCAGCAGAAAUAAAAACAAAGUUACAAACAACAUAUCUCUGCAGAUAUAUAACCACCACCAUAAACUUUUAGAAAUAGUUUUAUAAAACAAAGAAAAAACAUGUUGAACCAGAAUGGUACAUAGAGGCUGCAUUUCUUUGAAUUUUUUGGUCAAAUUCCAUAACGAUCUUACUUUCACCUUUCUUGACCUGUUGUUUUCACUCCUUCAUCCUGGUCCAUGUUUGACAUAAAUGUUUUCAAAUCAUUUCUGGCACCUCAGUGUGUAUAUUUACAUACAAUAUAUAAGCCUUAUUGUGUAAGGCAAAUACAUUAAUUUUGUCUUCCUGGCAUCAAUACAUAAUACAUGUAUUCAGUAGAGGUAAGUUGGGUGGAAGAAUCCAGCUCUUUAUACAAAUAAUUUGACACUAUUUUUUAUACAUUCAAGUGUAUAUAUACAUAAUUAGUGAUUUUAAUUGUACAUUUCUCGUGUAAAUAAAUCGCUUGGUGUACUUGAACAAAAUACACAUUCAGCUACAAAAUACCUCUAGUUUUGUUUUAACCUCUUAAUGUUAUACCAAAAUACACAUGAAAAGUCUGCUUCUGGAUAGUGAGAUUUUAGUGUCACAAGAUGUCAUCUAGAACUUAUUAUAUAAUACGUAAAAUUUGAACUAGGUAACUGUUACCUACCUAUAAAGCUCUUGACACUUUGUUUUGGGGUUGUUCUUUUUUAACUCGGUUUUAAGAGUCCAAGGAACUAGAGCAUUUAUUUGAUGACUCCUAAACUGCUCACUGUCUUUCUGCUUUACCUGGAACCCUGAUAGUUUGUUGGUCAGUUUAUACUUUUAUGCUUAGUCAAUUUUCGAAGCCUGAGAUUGCAUGAGAUAUGUGUGUUUGGCACACUUUAACAAUUAGGUCUGUCUUCUUAACACUUCUUCAUACCUGACUCAAUUGGAGGUGAUAUUUCUUUAUUUUGGACUCGUUAUCUAUUUUUUGCAACAAAAGAUUGGCUACUCUUUUAAAUAGUCUCUUCAAGGUGAACAUCCUUGCAUUUAUGUCUUUCUUGUGAGAAAUUAAGUAAUUAACGAUAAUACUGUUGAUUUUGUCUUGUAUAUAAUUGUUAAUGUGCACCAACACACUUUGUGUAGACAUGGCAUUGUUUUCCUCUGAAAAACACAAUAAUACUUUGAAUGAAGAUAUUGAAUUAAGACUCCUCUGCGCCUCCCUGCCACAAAAUGUUGCAUUAGACACGUUUUUCUGGUGACAAAUUUUGCUCUUUUCCGUGGCUGAUACUGUUCAUAAUGGCCUGAUAUAACACACUUUCACCAUUGUUUUUUUUUUUUGUUUUGUUUUGCUUGAACAACAUUUGCAACACCGUUUACGUUUCAUUGUUGCAUCCUGUGUAUAUAUAAACUUAACUGUAACCAGCUUUACGUUUGAGGCCACUGUUAUUAACGUUAAUUGAGGAUUAUAAGGAUUUCUCCUUGUUGAACAACAUCAACAUUUAGUCAGUUUUUGUGCCAUGAAAGUUAUCUUUUUAUUUCUUGAAAAGCACAAUAAGUUACUAAA